AUGGUCGUUGGCCUAGUGCUGCGAUUGACCGCAGUGGCUUCCGUCCGGGAUGCCGUGAGCUUCGACUACCAGAUGUUCUUCAACCUCCUCCUGCCCCCCAUUAUUCUAUCCUCGGGUUACGAAUUGCACCAAGGCAACUUCUUUCGCCACAUAGGCACUAUUCUUACCUUUGCCUUCGCUGGCACAUUCAUCUCCGCUAUGGUCCUCGGUCUUAUCCUGUUCCUCUGGACGAGAAUACCGCUUGACGGAUUCAAGAUCAAUUUCGUAGAGGCCAUGUCAGUCGGAGCGACCCUUUCGGCUACCGAUCCUGUAACAAUCCUCGCCAUCUUCAAUACUUACAAAGUCGAGCCGAAACUCUACACCAUCAUCUUUGGCGAGUCCAUCUUGAACGAUGCCAUCGCCAUCGUCCUAUUCGAAACAGCGCAGAAAUACAAGGACGGUGCCGAAUCGCUUGGCUUCUUAAGCCUGUUCGAGGCCGUGGGCAUCUUCUUUGGUGUCUUCUUCGGAAGCUUAUUCAUCGGAGUCCUUGUGGGAGUUGCCGCAUCUUUGACACUCAAGUUCACCUAUGUGCGACGCUUUCCGAAGACGGAGAGCUGUCUCAUCAUUCUCAUUGCGUACCUGACGUAUUUUUUCUCCAACGCAAUCCACAUGUCUGGUAUCGUCUCUCUCUUAUUCUGUGGUAUUUGCAUGAAGCAUUACGCCUAUCACAACAUGUCAAGACGGACGCAGUUAACCACCAAAUUUGUGUUCCAGGUCACUGCCCAGCUGUCUGAGAACUUCAUCUUCAUCUACCUAGGACUAUCGCUGUUUACCGAUGACAAACUGGAGUACAAGCCACUCUUCAUUCUCAUCACUGUUUUUGGGAUAUGCGCUGCACGCUGGUGCUCCGUGUUCCCUCUGUCACGAAUGAUCAACGCCUUCACGCGAUAUCGUGCACGACGUUACGGCGCACAAGACGCUGGAGAAGAGAUCCCUUACUCGCACCAGGCUAUGAUAUAUUGGGCAGGCCUUCGAGGCGCAGUGGGCGUAGCGCUUGCCGCAGGCCUCUCUGGGAACAACGGCGACACGCUGCGCGCUACCGUAUUGGUUGUCGUUGUAUUGACCGUCAUCAUCUUCGGCGGCACAACAGCACGCAUGCUAGAGAUCUUGGGCAUUCGGACCGGCGUGGUCGAGGAGAUUGACUCCGAUGACGAGUUCGACAUCGAAGUGGUCAGUGGCGGCACCUAUUCGCGACACAAGGGGCAGGGAUUCGGCCACGUUCCACGCGUGAGCCAGAACGGAGUCGCCCUUUCCAAUGUCAAUGGUCAAAAUGGCGCAUACUCAAGUGGCAAUACCCACAGCCCGCCUUCAAGACCAAACGCUUUGGCCGCUAGGAGAAACUCCAGCCGGCCUAGGCAUCCAGAUGGUGCUGAUCAAGGCCUCCUCAGCCCUGGAGACAGCGGCAGCAACGACGAAGAUGACACCGAUCUCGAUCUCCCACCGAGCGCUCGUCGAUCACCAAACCGCGUUCCCUCGCCGUUAGGGCUACCAACAGAUUCGACUCCAUAUCCAACCUCAGGCACCACCAGCAGAUCUACACCGAGCGGCCCUGGCGAGUCUUCAAGAGUUGCAACCGCGACUGGCGCAGUCAAGCAACUCAUCUCAGAUAUUUCACAGGAUCCAGCAAAUGCUUUCAAGCAGAUCGACGAUGGCUUUCUGAAGCCACAUCUUCUAUUGGAUCCAGGGAAAGGCGCUGGACCUAGCAAUGUGUGA